GAAGGGUAGUCGGCUGUAGUAUGGCAAGGCGGCGCACCUCUGACAGGCUCUCACAACAAACGGACCUCUUGUAGCGCGCAAGAAGCUCCGGGGGACGGCGGUUCGGGUCCGGUUCUACUCCACAAGAGAUAUUAGACGUCGUUUCGGUCGCCUUUCUCGAAACACAGUGAUCGAGGUCGUUAAGCUAACCUGCCUUGCGUGCUAGCCGGUCGUUAGCCUUCGCUGGGUCAGUUAAGCUAGCUGGCGCGACUUUAACACAUCCGCCCCCCCCCAAAGGCUCUCUCCUUCUGUUUCACGGGUCCCCCCCCCUCCAGAACCUGCACCGGCCGCAUCCCCUUAUUCUGGUUUGUGUUCCAAGUCUUUAAGCCAUGGGAUCCCGAGCGUCCACGUUACUCCGAGAAGAGGAGAUCGAGGAGAUCAAGAAGGAGACUGGCUUCUCUCACAGUCAGAUCACCCGGCUCUACAGUCGCUUCACCAGCUUGGAUAAAGGAGAAAACGGAACCCUCAGUCGGGAGGAUUUCCAAAGGAUCCCAGAGCUGGCCAUCAAUCCUCUUGGCGACAGAAUCAUCAACGCCUUCUUCCCCGAGGGAGAGGACCAAGUUAACUUCAGGGGAUUCAUGCGAACCCUGGCUCACUUCAGACCAAUCGAGGACAACGAGAAGAACAAGGACCCCAACGCCAGCGAGCCGCUCAACAGCAGAACAAACAAGUUACUCUUUGCCUUCCGUCUCUAUGACCUGGACAGAGAUGACAAAAUCUCUCGUGAUGAGUUACUGCAGGUUUUACGGAUGAUGGUCGGUGUCAAUAUUUCGGAUGAGCAGCUCGGCAGCAUUGCCGAUAGGACCAUCCAGGAGGCUGACCAGAACGGAGACAAUUCAAUUUCCUUCAAUGAAUUCAUCAAGGUUUUGGAAAAGGUGGACGUCGAGCAGAAAAUGAGCAUCCGGUUCCUUCACUGAGUGGCCAUGACCUCAGAGCAGAGCUUCAGUUUUCCGACUGAUGCGGAACACAAACCCCAUUUCAAACACUCAGCAAGCUGCUAUGGCCCACGCUACAAGUACAAGUCUGACCAAGCAUUAGGUAGAUGAUGUCACAGGUCCUGUUUUUCUGCCUUUGCACUGCUCUGUAAACAAAGGGAAAAGGUGCGUGCCUUGGGUUAUUUUAAUGCUGUCACUGUGUGUGUGUGUGUGUGUGUGUGUAUGUGUGUGUGUUUUUCCCCAAAAAUGGAGCAUUAUUUAUUCAUAACUUUUUGUUGGGUCAUAGUCGGCAACACUUUUCCACCCUUCCUCUCAUGAACAGUGAUUGACAUAACAUUAUGGUACGAUAAUGCUUUUUGCAAUUGCAGCCACUGGGCAGGGGGGUGUAGCCAUUUAAAGCUUACUAAUGCGAUUCUGUUCCAUGGAUAUAUAUAGUAUCUGUUGAGUCUCUGUUCAUAUAAAUAUGCAAAUGUUGAGUGAGAUAUUAAGGUUUCACCUCAAAAAUGGUGCGUUUCGACGCCAACAAUGUUCUCCGACUUGCCGCAAAGCAACUCUGACCAGCCUACCGCUUUCAGUUUGUCCUCUUCUCCCCUUAAAACAAAGGACCUACUGACUGAAUUGUUGUGUUGAAGUGCCAUGGUUUCGGUUCCCUCUUCUGUUAAUAUCUCACAAGUAUAUGGGAACCUUUUGUCAUAUUUGUAUGUUUUCGUUUCAUAUGGGUUAACCCCAGCUACUGCCAAUGGAAUGUAAAUGCCCAUUUGAUUUGUUGGACUGCAAACAAAAUCAGUUUAAUGUUUCCUCAAAAAGCCAGUUGCCGUCUUCCUGCAGUAGGGCCAAAUGGGGAUAGCCGAGGGCGAAACGGGACAGUACAACACAAGCUCGAAAAAUUGUAAUCUCGUUUUUAAACUCUGCUUCGCUUAAUGUAUGAAAAGAAUCACAUACACUGACUUGAAGUGUGACUGGAUUUAUGAUUUUAACGCCAAGUGCUGCUAAAGCUCUAGACUUCUGGGGUGUUUCUCAGAUAAUCCAGCCACUCCGACUGAUCACCAACCAGCCAUCGUUCUUUUUUUUUAUCCUUUUUCCAUUCCAAAAACCUUGUUCACCUGUGAUAUGGUGGAAAAGGGUGGAGAAAUUUGUGAAUUUGGAUUUAGCAGCCAUUGUGGCUUACAGACAGAAAUUGAACUACUAGCCUCCAUGAUUUAGACCUUUUAUUCAAACCCUUGACUAUCCCGUCUGGCCCUGUAGUUGGAACCGGGCUCCUGACCGCUCUGAGGCUUGGAGCAGUUAACUCAUUUACGCUACUUGUGUUCCUGAUCAGCUUCACUGUGGAUGAGAAACCAUGUACAUGCUGAUUAUAUGCACUGCUCAAUAUUUUUCAGGCUUUCAUUUCUUUUCUUCAGGAUAGUUCCAGGUACCUGAGAGGUUUUGAUUCAUUAGAAAUGUUUUUUUUUUCUGUACAGGCUGAUUCACUUGACCAAAAAGGCAGAAGAGUAUCAAUCUUUAAUGUGAUUGUGGGUUUGUCAAUAUGAUCUUAAAACAUAUUUCAGCAGCAGAAUGCUGGAAGUACAACGCACCCAUUUUAUUGAUCAAGAUGUGAUUAUCAAUCAAAUAUAAUGAUAAAAUGUUAUCUCUCGUGACGUUGGUCUAGGUUUUAUCAAAAUGAUUCAUGAAUUUGAUUUGAAUAAAAUAAGUGCCAUGCUAGCCAUGUGUUGUUUACUGGGAAACUA